GCGGUCACGUGACGCGCGCCCGCCGCCCGCGCGAUAAACGAUAAACGACCCCCGUCUUCCGCCCUCUCUUCCUCCCCACCUCUAGCACCAUGAAGUUGACCGCCUUGGCAGCUUGCGCUAGCUCCGCGAUGGCGUUUGCCGACACCGCGGCGUUUUUCUCCUCGCAGCCGCUCGCCGUGGACGGCGCGUACAUCACGCCGGCGGGCGGCCUCAGCCGGGCGUUCGAAAAGCUCACGGCCGACUUCUGCUUGCAGUUUCCCGGCGAGCAAUUGACGGUUUUCCGCGUGGGCCGCUUGGGCCGCGCCGCGCCGCCGGUCGGGGACGCCGGCGCCACGUUUCUCCCGCACGUGCACUACGCGCCCGGCGCGGCCGUGGACUUCCCGGUGGCCCCGGCGUGUUCGGUCGUGUACUUGGACCGGGCGCCCGCCCGCGCCAGCGACGUGUCUGCCAACGUCAUUGUGGUGGACGUGGACGACGCGGCCACACACACGGUGGCCGAGUACUUGGGCGCCGGCCACGUGGUGGUGCAGGGCAAGCCGGCGUUCCGCGCGGCGGGCUCCCCUGAAUCCUUCAGACAGUUGCUCAGCGACAAGUUGCACCUCGGGCCCGGCGCACCCGCCAAGCGGGCCGCGGACGAGCUCCCGGACGCGGACGAGCUCGUGGGCGCGGACGAGCUCCCGGACGCGGACGAGCUCGUGGACGCGGAGACGGACUUUGGGAUCGCGGAGUCGUUGAUCGCGGCGCAGGAUUCGGCCGUGGGCUCGCGCUGGGGCGACGACCGGCAAGCCGCGGCGGGCGCGGGCCCGGCGCCGGCGGGCGCGGCGGCCCCCCUGAAUCUCUUCACGAAGUACCAGUUCUUCACCCCGGGCGUGUGGCUGGUGUUGCUCGUGUGCUUGUUCUUGGUGUACGUGUCGCUCACGGCGGUGGGCUGGAUCACGUCCAUCGAGUUGUCCUACCGGAGCUUCGAGAAGCAGGUCGAGUACGAGAAGAAAACCGAGUAGGCGGGGCGGUGCCGGGGCGCCGCGUGCGCCGCACGCUCGUGGCCACUGACUGUGUACACUUGUACGUUUGGGAUGCAAGCAUUGUAGUCCCGUGCGCUUGUGGUGCGGUCGGCACUGCUUUAUGUGCGUGGUGCAAGUACCGUGUACUGCUCUACGUGCGUAGUGCAACUAGACUCCCGUGCGUUCUUGCAAUUACUAUCAACUACCAUACGUUCGUAGUCCACCAACUAUGUACUGCUAUACGAUCGUUAUGAAAUCAUUAUGCUCCCA